AUGGCGGCUAACGAUUCCUUGGUUACUGCUCAUGUGGUAGGAGAUGUCUUGGACCCCUUCUACACAACCGUUGAUAUGAUGGUCCUAUUCGAUGGUACUCCUAUUAUCAGCGGCAUGGAGUUGCGCGCUCCGGCAGUCUCUGAUAGGCCAAGGGUUGAGAUUGGAGGAGAUGAUUAUCGAGUUGCAUAUACUCUGGUGAUGAUCGAUCCUGAUGCUCCUAACCCAAGCAACCCAACCUUGAGGGAGUACUUGCACUGGAUGGUGACUGACAUCCCAGCAUCAACUGACAAUACAUACGGCCGCGAGAUAAUGUGCUACGAGCCCCCUGCCCCUUCGACGGGCAUCCACCGGAUGGUGCUGGUGCUAUUCCAGCAGAUUGGCCGGGAGACUGUAUUCGCGGAGCCGUCGAGGCGCCACAACUUCAACACCCGUGGCUUCGCCCGGCGCUACAACCUCGGCGCGCCCGUCGCCGCCAUGUACUUCAACUGCCAGCGCCAGACCGGCUCCGGUGGCCCCAGGUUCACCGGGCCCUACACCAGCCGCCGCCGUGCGGGCUGA